AUGUCUACAUAUUUGCACUACGACGCCCUCAUCCUGGGCUCAGGCCAAGCUGGCACACCCCUCGCCUCGCACCUCCGCUCCCUCAACCUCUCCGUGUGCCUCGUCGAGCGCGCCCACAUCGGCGGGUGCUGCGUCAACGAGGGAUGCACGCCUACGAAGACGAUGGUGGCGAGUGGAAGGAUGGCGUAUCUAGUUCGAAGAGCUACCGAGUAUGGCGUGCAUGACGGCGAGGGUACGCCCAGAAUUACGGUCGCCAUGCAGGAAGUUCGAGAAAGAAAGAAGGAUAUCGUGGAUAGUUUCCGCGGCGGUGGGGAGAAGAGACUUGAGGCUGCCGGGGUGGUUGUUGAAGCGGGGAGGCGCGGUUCGUGGGGAGAGGAGCGUGGAGGUUUGCGCUGGGGACGGGGGAAGAAGGUGGUUACUGCGGAGAGGGUGUUUGUGAAUGUGGGGUGUAGGCCUGCGAGACCUGAGGUGCCUGGUUUAGACGAUAUACCGCUGGAGAGGGUGCUGGAUUCUACGAGUAUACAGGAGUUGGGGGAAGUACCGGGGCAUCUUGUUGUCGUCGGCGGUGGGUACAUCGGGUUGGAAUUCGCACAGCUGUUCCGGAGGCUAGGCGCAGAUGUCAGCAUUAUCCACCGUGGUCCGGGGCUGCUGUCGAGGAACGACGAUCCAGAGUUGGUGCAGUGUAUGCAGCGGAUCCUUGAAGAAGACGGUAUCGACAUCAUUUUCUCCGCUACUUCCACCACCUUCUCAAACUCUCCCUCCUCCUCGGCAGAGGAAGCGCAUGAUUUACCCAUCCGCGUAACCACCCUCUCAGCCGGCGAAAAGAAAGACUUCCACGCAUCUCAUAUACUGCUAGCGACAGGUCGCGUCCCCAACACAUCCACCCUCAACCUCUCCUCCGCCGGCAUCUCAACCACCUCUUCAGGCUACAUCCCCACCUCCCCUUCUCUCCAAACGAACAUCCCGGGCAUCUACGCUAUGGGCGACGUAAAAGGCGGCCCAGCAUUCACGCACGUCUCCUACGACGACUUCCGCAUCUUAAAAGCACACCUCGCGGGCGAAACGGCGCGCACAACAGAAGACAGGACAGGCCUGGUGCCCAGCGUCGUGUACACAGAUCCACAGUUCGCGCACAUAGGGCCGAAAUGGGGGGAGUUGCCAAAGGGGAGGGGGUUGGUAAGUUAUAGCAUGCUCAAAGCUGUGAUCGAUCCCUCUACCAACAAGAUCAUCAGUUUCUCCGCCAUCGCCGUGGAGGCAGGGGAGAUUAUGGCGGUCGUGCAGAUGGCUAUGGUGGGCGGGUUGACGUGGAUGGCGGUGAGGGAUGCCGUGUUUGCGCAUCCGAGUUGGGCUGAGUGCUUGAAUAAUCUGUGGGGUGGGGAGAGGAAGGAGAUUUAA